AUGGAAACUGACUCAAGUAAUGCAAGUAUUUCAAACUCAUUUUAUUUCCUUUUGAACAAUUUAGCAGGAAUUUCGUUUGUAUCAUACUUUUUUUGGUCGGGCGUUUCACUAUUAAUUGGAGCUAUUGUACUUAAUUCAUUUUUCUUGAAUUAUUCACCUAAAAUAAAUAGUCAAGUUGUUUGCUCGGCUUCAUCUAAUGUAAUUGGUAUAGUUUCACUUUGGGUAGUUGAAGGCCUUUCAUUUAUGUCAAUGUGCAUUGCAUAUUCAGUUGUUGAAUCUACAUGCCAAACAUUUGACAACUUAACUUUUUCAGUACAAACAAUGGGCGUUAUUGUUAAAUAUCUCCCCACAUGGAUCAGAUUAGUUCAUGUAUUUACAUUUUGCCAAAUCAAUACACUUUUUGCACAAUUAAGUUUUUUGCCUGAAUGCAAUUCAUCAGGUCUGCAAACUACGCUUAUUCUUACAAGCGUUACCUGGUGGUUUGUUACAAUUUUUGGACUAAUUUGCAAAAAGAGAAUUGCGAUACCUCCUCAUAUAUUUGAUCCUUUAAGACCAAAAACGAGUUUCAUGACAGAAAUUCAUUUAGUUCUAAAAAUAAUGGGUCCUUAA